AGGUGUGCCACUGACAUGAUAACCUCUGCAUGGAGGUGUGCAGCUGCUGUUGCCCGAGACCAGAGGGCAACUGAGGGUGGGUCUGCUGCAAAACCAUCUCUCACCCCCAAUGAGGAAUUCCUGCCAAAUCUUCUACAACAGGACAACUUACAGCAGAGUAGUCCACAAGAUGUCAUAAACAUGGGUGCUACUCCUUCUCAGUCCCAGGUAGAGCUUCCAGGAAGAUCAUGUGUUUUGCCAGAAACAGCAAGUGGACACAUUGCUGAACGAUUUAUAUUGCACAGAGAUUAUUAUUUUACAAUCGAUGGAAGAGUUGAGUUUAUAUGCAACGAUGGUUAUGAAAGUAAAUGGGAAAGCUACUACAACAAGUUUAUAAUUACGUGUACAUUAGAAGGUUGGAAACCCACACCAGUAUGUCUUAAAAUUUGUGAAUUCCUUCAAAUACAGAAUGUUAAAAAUGUCAGGAAAACAAAAUACAAAGAAAAUCAGCAAGCACGAUAUGACUGUGAAUAUAGUUAUUUUACUCCACAAAAGGCAUCAAAAGGAACUGCAAAAUGUCUUUCAUCUGGUUGGUCUGUUGAACCAAGCUGUAAAAAACCCUGCACUUUUCCUGAUGUGAUUAAUGCUAAGAUUGACUCACUUAAGAGUCUGAAAGAAGAAUUUGAUUUGGAUGAUGAAUUACCUUAUCAGUGUGACAAAGGCUACACAACAGAUUAUGGAAUGCCAAAUGGCAAAACAAAGUGUUUGAUAGAUGGGUGGAUUCCAGAGCCUAAAUGUACCAUUUCAGAAGUCAGAUGUGAGAAACCAAGCAUAGAACAUGGGCAAAGCAAAAUGAACAAUGGCUUGGUUGAAUUUUCUUGCAAUUCUGGAUAUGCAUUACAUGGGCCCAAGAUAAGUCAGUGUCACCAUAUUGGAUGGCAUCCUUUACCUCCGGUAUGUCAAGAACAUACAUGUGGGAUACCCCCAGAAAUAAAAUUUGGCAUGUAUAUUAGAGAAAAGGACUCUUAUAAUGUUGGCGAGAAUGUGACAUACAGCUGUUAUGAAAACUACACAAUAUAUGGAAAAGAAACCAUAACAUGCACUUCAGAAGGAUGGUCCUCAGCCCCCUCUUGUGAAAAUAGCACAAUGAAAUGUGAGCAUCCAUCAGGUGUAGAAGUCUUGUCAAAAGCAAAAGAGGAGUAUGAAUAUGGAAGUACCAUAAUAUACAAAUGUAUUUCUCCAUUUCUGAACAUGGAAUUUAAUAGGUCCACAUGCAUUGGAGGGAAAUGGACUCCAGAUAUCAGAUGCAUUGGUAAGUGA